AAUAAGCUUGGAUUUACUCCAGGGUGAUACUAACAUGUACUUUGGUCAUCUCCUACCUACAAUUGAAGAAUUAAUUUAUAAAUAUGAAUUAAUGACAAGUUAUCAAACAGUUUCUAAUUAUAUGAAACUUCUGGUGACUGCCAUACUUAUUGGUUUGAAAACAAGGUUUGCCGAUUAUUUGAUAGACAAAUUUUUAAUUAUUCUGCAGUCUGCCACCCACUAUUUAAAAACCAUGGAUUAAAAAUGAUAUAAAAAAGCAAUUGGGCUCAGAAUAUUUAAAAAGUGCCUGUUAUGACUUACAUACCAGUGAUAAUGACAAUAAUGAUGUAGAAGAUAACCAAAUGAAAGAUAAUUUAUCUACCUUUUUUACCGGGUCACAAAAUUCCCGAGAGGAAAAAUCAACAGUUAGUGAUGAAAUAGAUAGAUUUAGAUCUCCAACAAAGACUAGUGUUUGCAUAAUUUACCCACUAUGAAAAAAUUUUCAGGUAUUUCUGAAGUACAACACUCCACUACCUAGCAGUGCAUCAGUAGAUAGAGUGUUUAGUGUUAUUAAUGCAACAAUACAAAAAAAGAACAAGGAAUUAUACGUUUUGUCCAGACCCAUGGCAUGGUAACAUUAUUGAGCGAAAAUCAUCAUGUUUCCACAAUAGUGAAAAUGAUUAGGGCUAUACCACACUUGCCACCACAACGGAUUUCAAAAUUUCCCGAAGACUUCCACAUUUUUGGGGAUUUUCUGGCAAUCACAAGGCUGUCAACUCUUAUGGUCAUACUGAACCGAAUUGUUCAGUUAGUGGACUAUGUUCGACAAUACUGGUUAACAACAGUACGUCCAUUUGGGUUCACUGUUUAUAGUAUCGAUUGCGUUCCAUUGAAAGUAGAGUACAGAGGGAAACCUUACAAACAAUCAACGGCCAGCGAGUACAAAGAUCAAUUGUGUCUAGCAGAGACACAAAUAACUGCAUUUUGGCUGAUGCUCGACAAAGCGUACAGCAUCUGCUAUGACACAAUGGCAUAUUUAAGAAGAGCUUCCUACUCUGUGAAAGGAUACACAAAUAUGGAAAAAGGCCCUUUAGCUAAUGAAAUCCUUCCUAAAGAUUUGGGACAGCUACAGAUGCAAAUGGUUGGACUUCAGCCUCUGCCACCUAUGUUGCUGCCAUUCCACAUUCGUGGAGCUAGAAGACCAGGGGGGCAUGGUCGUCAACGAUCAGCAGCUGCAGCAGUUCCACAAAUGGUCAGACAUCCAGAACGUCCAAAUGUGCGGCAACAACCAGAAAGUGGCAACAUUCUAUUCAUUGAAGAUCAUAAUCUUCUCAGAAUUUUAAAUUUCAUUGAGGCGCCUAUCCAAAUUCAAUGUAAAUGUAUAGAAAUAGAAUGUGGUAUUGUGGUAAUAAAUAUAUUGUGUCUUAACUAAAUAUAACUUUUUUUUUGUAUGAUUAGCAAAUCAUGAAGACCGAAAUGAGCCACUUGACCUACCAUAAAACGAAAGUAUGCUGUAGAAUAUUUCUAUAAGUAAAAUGUUAGAGUGUCGUCCUUGGGCGAUUUUUCCACCCAAGUACUCAUGUAUUGUAAUUUAUUAUUUUACGCUCAUAUGCUUAUUGUAACUACAUUGUAAAAUAUUCUAAAUAAUAAAGAAUAUAAAAAUAAAUUAAAUAAUUUAUGGUUAAAUAAUAAAAAUAUUCGCUUAUUCAAUCACAAUUUAAUUUUUAUUUAAGUUGAACAGCCAGAUAUCAAUGAUUUGUCUGUGGAGGAAGAGGUCUAUGAAAUAGUUGAGCUAGACAUAAAUGAUGCUCUUGUUGAUGGUAGGUUGAUUUUAAAUGUUAUAAUACUCAAAUAUUAUGUUAAUAAUUGUCUAUUUUGUUUCAGACCAAAUUACUCCACAAGCUCACCAGCCAUUUGAUUUGGAUAACCCUAUGUUGGAAGACUAGUUUUUUAUAUUAUGAUUAGAAUAUUUUUUUGUUAAGAAAACGUUACACAGACUAAUUUUGUAGUUUCUGUUUUAGAAUACAGCCCAAGUAAAUACAGCCAACAUUUGGUUGCCUUGCAAUCACUGAUGUUGUUGUGAUGAGCGUGCGAUUCGCUUAGAAAAAUGCGGUGUCUGCAAAAUUGAAUUUUCUACCACACAACCCAACCAAAUAAUGCACGUUAAAUUAGGAGAUGUUAAAUGGAUGCAAAAUACUUCCUUACUCUAUCCAACUGGAAGUCAGUGCCUUGGAUGUAUGCACCAUAUACAAUAUUUGCCAGACCAGGUGCAAUACAUACUGUUGGUCUGUGGUCAUGGAUGGUAUUGUGCGACAUGUAACUCAACGCUUCCGGCCACAUGUGAGGUUUGUGGUGAUAUGGUCGAAGGCACUAUAAGAAUAUUUUUAAAUUAAGUAUAUAUUUCAUCAUUUUUUU